GCGUGAUGACGCCAUCAGGAUGACGUCUAAAUCCAGGAAGUGUAAACUUGCUGGUCAACUGUACGCAACUUUGGAGCAUCGCAAUCUCAUCCAGAAUGUCUUUUAAACGGGAUACUAUAUCGUUAUAAAAAGUUGAGUUGUCAUUUGUCAGGUAAAAUUAUACAUAACCAGAGUUAGAUGCAAUUUUGCUUGUAUUACCACAUUUAGGUUGUUCACACGAGCCAAACCGUCGCCGCUCCUUGCACGAACCGGUGUGGUGUCGAGAUAAUCUAUAUGACAGAAUGGAGGAAAAGAACAAGAAACGGAAAAGUCCAAGGCCGUCUUCCAGCCAGCCUCCUCUCCCGAUCAAUGCCCGAAAAACGCCCAGCAGCAGAUCAUUUGGUGUCAGCGGUAUAGUCACGCACUCUAGUCAGAGGACUAAGUAUCGUAGAGGAGUAAGAGACAAGCCCAGGCCUCAGAGUCAGUCUGGGAAGAGUAACCAAUCUGCCCACAUCCAGCACACAUUUCUCACAGAUGUGUCUGAUGUACAGGACAUGGAGAAAGGUCUGCUCAGCCUCCUAAAUGACUUCCACUCAGGAAAAUUACAAGCUUUUGGCAAUGAGUGUUCCAUCGAUCAGAUGGAGCAUGUUCGAGAGAUGCAGGAAACACUGGCCCGUCUGCACUUUGACCUAUAUGGAGAAGUGGAUGAGAUGCCAGAAGAUCAAAGGAAGUCAGCUUAUGACACAAACAUGGACAAACUGUUACUAAAUCUGGAAGAGUUGAGCUCCUCAAUACAAAAGCUUAACCUUGCUGACAGCCAAGAUGUCCCCAGAACUUCCAGCAUGUGAACUAGUGUAUAAACUACUAUGGAGAAUACUGUGUGCAUAUCUACCACAAAACAGCUAUGAAAAUACAUCAGUAUUAUUUAAUUGACACUGUGGAAUCUAAACGUAUAGAUAUGGUCUGCUUGGCUUGUUUGCACUCUUACUAGUUAUGUCAUAUUAGUUAUGUCAAAGAACAACUCAAACAUGUCAUAAUGAAAUGCAAACCUGAUUUGUUGAUUUUCUCAUUAGAUCAUUUGAUAUUCAUUACCAUGCUAAAUGUUCCUGUCGUUACCGAAAUAUAAUGUUCGAUUACAUUGUGAGAUCAAAUCAACUAAUGUCUUAAAUGUUGCGUUGAGAUGUAAAAUAGCAGCACCUUUGCAUUAUCACUAUAACUUGAAACUGUCUGGGUUUUUGCUCAUCAGGACGUACGUGUAUGUCUAAGACUGCAGAAUGAAAGUAAAACUACAUUAUAUUUUAUGAUGUCAUAUUUACAGAUUUUAUUUUUAAUGUAAAGCAUUGGAGAUAUAUAGUGUAACCUUCUACUGGCUAGUUGUUGAUUAAACCUUUAACAAUGGCUAUCAAUAAAAUAUGAGCUGUAACCAAUG